AAAAGACUUGAAAUUUUCGCACACAAAUCCCAAACCUAGUUUCGGUCAAUGGUUCGAAUCACAAGGCUUGCAAUAGUUUUUUUUCUCAAAGUAAAACGCAUCUCAAUUUUAUGACUUUCUCUCUAUGCACGAAGAAGCAAAGCAUCAGAAUUUCAUACCAUUUUCAUCACGAAUCUCAUAUUUCUUUCAUUGCAAAAAAAUCAUUUCUAUCUGAAAAGUAGAAAAGGUACUUAAAAAUCGGGUCUUGUCCAAGCAAGAAAAAUCUCACCUUUAAAUGGUUGAGUACAUGAUUUGUAAUCUUACAUAACACUCUUGCUAAGAUCCAUUGCUCUUUCAUGCUUACAAACCCUAAUGCGUAUUGGGGUUUUCUCAUUUUCCUCACAAUUCUAUGCAUUUCUCUAGAAUUAGACAUUAUUGAUUUCUGAAGAAAAAUGGAGUCUUGGAGAUGGCCUUUUGCUCUGUCGAUCUACUUUUGCUUAUUCACAUCUGGGUUUUCAUUAAUAGAUAAUUUCCAGCAAGCGUUUCCGAUUGUGGAGCCUGAUCCCGGCCAUACUAAACUUCGCAUUUCAAGAGAAGGCUUGGAGGCAAUAGAAAGAAUAACAAACCCAAUUGCAGCUGUCGCUGUAAUUGGUCCAUACCGUUCAGGCAAAUCUUUUCUGCUGAAUCAACUUCUUUCCCUUUCAUGUGAUGAAGGUUUUGGUGUUGGUCAUAUGCGCGAUACCAAAACGAAAGGAAUAUGGGUAUGGGGAACCCCUAUAGAAUUAACAAUUGAUGGAAUAAAAACAUCCGUGCUUUAUCUUGAUACAGAAGGGUUUGAAAGUGUUGGAAAGUCUAACGUAUACGAUGACAGGAUUUUUGCGUUAGCAACUGUUAUGAGUUCUGUGCUUAUAUACAAUCUCCCUGAGACGAUCCGUGAAGCAGAUAUAUCUCGGCUGUCAUUUGCUGUUGAGCUCGCAGAAGAAUUUUAUGGAAGAGUGAAGGGGCAGGAUAUCGCAUUUGAGCCUGCAAAACUUUUGUGGCUCAUCCAACGCGAUUUUUUACAAGGAAAAUCUGUGCAACAGAUGGUGAAUGAAGCUCUUCAACGGGUUCCUAAUGCCAAUAGUGAUAAAAAUAUUGAUCAGGUUAACCAAAUUCGAGAGUCUCUAGCAAUUAUGGGUGAUAAUAGUACUGCAUUUAGCUUGCCACAGCCUCAUCUCCAGCGGACGCAACUUUGUGAGUUGAAGGAUGGUGAACUGGACCCUAGCUAUAUUAGGAAAAGGGAGCAGCUGAAAGAACUUGUUGCUUCCAUUAUUCGUCCUAAAAUCGUGCAGAGUAAACGCCUAAACGGGAAGGAGUUUGUAGCUUUCUUAGAGCAGAUUCUUGAUGCUUUGAACAAAGGGGAGAUCCCUUCUACAGGCUCUCUUGUGGAGGUUUUCAAUAAAGGAAUUCUAGAGCGGUGCUUGAAGUUGUAUAGCGAAAAGAUGGGUCAGUUGCGAUUACCCAUACCAGAGGGAUCUCUGCAAGAAGUUCAUGAGGAGUCAAGAACAGAAGCAAUGAAAUCCUUUGAUGAGCAGCAUUUCGGACAUCACCAUGCAAAGCAAUCUGUUGAGAAGCUGGAUACUGAGAUACUCAUAGCAUACAAGAAUUACAUUCUGGCAAAUGAAUACAAGUCUUCAAAGCUGUGUGAGGGACUGUACAUGCGGUGUGAAGACAAAAUGGACCAGCUUCAGGUUCUGAGGCUUCCUUCCAUGGCUAAAUUUAACGCAGGUUUCCUUCUGUGCAAUCAAAGCUUCGAGGUCGAGUGUGUGGGGCCCUCUAAAGUUAACUACGAACAGCGGAUGGCAAAGAUGCUCGGGAAGUCCCGGUCUUUAUUCAUAAAAGAAUACAACCACAGGCUCUUCAAUUGGUUGGUGGCGUUUUCCCUCGUCAUGGUAAUUGUUGGUAGAUUCGUUGUAAAGUUCUUUUUAAUGGAGAUAGCAGCAUGGGUACUAUUUAUAUUCUUGGAGACGUACACGAGGAUGUUCUGGUCAGCUGAGUCUCUUUAUUACAAUCCCGCAUGGCAUUUCAUUGUUGCAACUUGGGAGACUAUUGUUUAUAGUCCCGUCCUUGAUCUAGACAGAUGGGCAAUACCAGUUUGUUUGAUUCUUGCGAUCUUUAUUCUAUAUUGGCGGUGUUGUGGGAAAAGGAAACACGGGGUACGUGGUCUGUUACCUUUAUACAACACUCGCGGCUCAAACAGAGAGAGAACUGACUGAAAUGCAAAAAACUUCAGCUGAUACAAUAUGACCAAUUUUAAGAGAAGAAGUUUGAAGCUGUUGGAAAGUUUCCCUCUCUUAUUCAUCUCUCUUGGGCUAAUCUAAUUUUUACACGGAGCCGGUCGGAUUCUUAGAAGAUACAGGAAGGACAUGAUACAAGAAAAGAAGAAAGUUUAUUAAAUUUUGUGAUCAUAGUAAUAGUAAGUGAGCAAUGUCUCCUUUUAUGUAACUGAAAAUUGCAAUACUUAAUGAUGACAAAUUUGUUGAACUCCAAUUAUUUGUCUUUUAUUGUUGUUCUGAAAAAUUUAGUUCAACGACACUUCACUGUAUUAUCAUCAUCUACUAUCUAUAAUUCGAAAAUUCAAAGCAA